AUGGCUGGUACAACUCAAUACCGUAAUGUUGAUCUCUUCGGCGGAGCGAUCGCAGCGUCUCUUCCAUCGACAUAUGCCGACGUCAGCGAGAUCCGACAAGUUCCCGACAACCAAGAAGUCUACCUCGACACAAAUGGCUUCGCAAGCAUCGUAGUCGACAUCCUAGAACGAGUCGAGAAACCGGAUACCGAAGCACUGCAAUUCCACCUCUCAGACAUCGUCGACGAAGACGCCAGCGAGACGAAGGUCUGGACGACUGCUGAGGCGCAUCUUGCCAACUUACCACAAGGCACACCAGCCUACACCCUCUUCGCCACCUCCCCACCUGGCGAGAAGCAGAAAGGACGCCCCAAUGAACCAGAUUUCGUCGGGAUCCUGCUUACGAUGGUGAGGCUGGAGAAGCAGAAGACCGACAUCCUUCUCGCAAUCAACGUGCCGCAUAUCGCGGGGCAGUACGAUCCAGCGGCAAUCGAUCCGGCGCAGGGGAAGCAAGGUGCGCUGUUGGAAGCGGCGGUUGAGCAUCGGACGAAGUUGAUCGAGACGUUUGAGGUGAAGGAUUGGGAUCUCUUCGUGCAGGAGUAG